UAAGCCAUAUGUAGUUUCCGUUCUGAGAGGACGUGAUGCUGCAACGCACACACGUUAAGAGUUUCACUUCCGUUUUUAUUACCGUUGGGUGUUUCUGGCGACAGUCAGUUACCGACUCAUAACUGCUCGGCAAAUAUUGAACGGUUUUUCUGGAUUUGCUGCUGAAGACAGAGUCAGUGCAGGGACGAUGAUUGAUAUCAAAGCAUGGGCAGAAUAUGUGGUGGAGUGGGCAGCCAAAGACCCCUAUGGCUUUCUCACCACGGUUAUCCUGGCUUUGACCCCUCUGUUUAUCGCCAGCGCCCUGUUGUCAUGGAAACUUGCCAAGAUGAUCGAGGCCAAGGACCGUGAGCAGAAGAAGAAACAAAAACGUCAAGAGAACAUCGCCAAAGCCAAGAGGGCCAAGAAGGAUUGAGCUUGGCGUGGAGAGGGGUCAGUGUAACAGUCCGGUCCCCGAUAUAUGGCUCUUCUCUUAACCCGGGACAGUUCUUAUGGGACUUGGAGCAAGACUGGGCUUGAAAAAAGAGGCCUUAGUAAACCCUUAGAGGGAACAUAUAAUGGGGAGCUGAUUGAUCUCAGUGGCAGAACUGCAGUACUUGACCAGGAUAUUAUCAAUACAGUGGAAAAUGCACUGCGUUGUUGUGCUAUACACCAUUGUGCAGUACUCUGCAUUCCAUUUUUUUACUGGGUUGAUUGCUUUUUCCAAGCUGAAUCCACAAAACACUUAAAAUAUCCUUUUUUUAUUAAUAAAAAAUCUCAACAUGAA